CAAAGAUCGCACAAGAGUCGAAACUCUCUCUGGGUUUCUUCGUCAUUCCCUCAACCAAAGUGGUGGCAGCAUGGCCCUGUUCAGUGCCCGAGGCUUGAGCAACUUCAUCAGCGAGAUCCGGUCUUGCACGAAUGCCGACGACGAGCAGAAGCGCAUCGACAAGGAGCUCAACAAACUGCGCCAGAAGUUCACGCAGACGGGCCAACUCAACUCGUACGACAAGAAAAAGUACGCGUGGAAGCUGAUCUACAUCUACAUGCUCGGCUAUGACAUUGACUUUGGGCACAUGCAGGUCAUCAACCUCGUGUCGGGUACUAAGUACUCUGAAAAAUGCCUUGGGUAUCUUGGCGUGUCCAUCCUUCUCAAGAGUUCCGACGAGCUCAUGACCCUUGUCAUCAACUCGAUUCUCAACGACCUGUGCUCCCCUGACGCGUCCUUUCAAUGCCUCGCGCUUUGCUGCGUCGCCAACCUCGGCGGCAUGGAGCUGUGCGAAACCCUCGCGCCGCACGUGGUCAAGCUCCUCAUGAGCUCCAGCAGCAUCUGCCACGUCCGCAAGAAGGCGGCGUUAUGUUUGCGUCGCAUCAUCCCGGCCAUCCCCGACGUCGUGUUGCCGGAAGAGCUCGAGCCGCGCCUCCAAACGUUGUUGGAAGAUCGCCAUCUUGGCGUCGUCACGAGCGCGGCGGGGUUACUGCAGGUGGCGCUCACGCAGCAUCCGACCGGGUACAAGUCGCUCGUCGAGAUCGUCCUCGACCGCCUGGCCCAACUCGUUCACAACAAGGGCUGCCCACGCGAUUACAUGUACUACGCGACGCCAAGUCCGUGGCUCCAGAUCAAGCUGCUGCGCAUCCUGCAGCAAUUCGGCAUCCCAGACGACGUGCGUUUGGCCGACAAGCUCAACGACACUCUGCGCAAGAUUCUCGGGCGCCCGAGUCCAGGCAAAGGCGCCAAGAACAACGCGAUCUACGCCGUCUUGUUCGAGACUGUGAACCUCGUCAUCUCCCACGGCAAGCGGGCCGACCCCAAACUCCAUGAGCAGGCCAUCCAGCUGCUCGCGCGCUUCAUUUCGGUCAGCGAGCCCAACAUCCGGUACAUCGGCCUGGACUCGAUGAACCGCCUGGUACGGCUUGAAGGCGCGACCGAAGCUAUCCGCCAGCACAAGGCCACCGUGAUCUUCUCAUUGAAAGACGCCGACAACAGCGUCCGUCGCCGCGCCCUGGACCUGCUCUUCGCUAUGUGCGACCCUUCAAACGCAGUCGAGAUCGUGGGGGAGCUCGUCACGUACUUGGCCGUGGCGGACGCGACCAUUCGUGAGGAAAUCGUGCUCAAAGCCGCGAUUUUGGCCGAGCGGUACGCCAAGGACCUGCGGUGGUACGUGGACACAGUGCUCCAGCUGAUCACGGUCGCGGGCGCCGACGUCCCCGACGACGUGUGGCACCGCGUGGUGCAGAUCGUGACAAACAACGAACACCUGCAGCAGUACACGGCCGCCGUCAUGUUUCGCGCGCUCGAGCCAAAGCACGUGGACGAAACCACCGCCAAGUUUGGCGCGUACGUGGUGGGGGAGUUUGGGUUUUUGAACGUGGACGAGCCUGACAUGUCGAGCAGUCGCCAGUUUGAAGUGCUGCUGCAGCACUACACGGCGGGGUCUUCCAUCGCGACCAAGUGCGUGAUCCUGACGGCGUUCAUCAAAAUGGACAACCUGUUUGAAGACAUCCGUCCGCGGGUGCUGGAUGUGUUCAAGAGAGGCACGUCCCACGUCGACUUGGAGGCCCAGCAGCGCGCGUGCGAGUACUUUACGCUGCACCACUCGGGCGACGACGUGAUGAAGACCGUGCUGGAGCCCAUGCCCGUGUUCCCCGACACGAGAGAGUCCAACCUUGUCGUGAGACUUCGCGCGCAGCAACAUGCGGCCGAGGGUGGAGAUGAAGGACAGGAAGUGUCGUCGUCGGGCGGAGGACACGACGACGACGAGAGCGCCGGUGAUUUGCUGGGUCUGUCGAGCCCGACCAACCAGAAGCAGCAACUCAACGGCGGCAACGGCGGGGGCUUGGUGGAUGUGUUUGGGGGACCAACUGGGUCGUCGAGUGUUGGCAACGACUCGGUGGACCCGGCCAAGAUCGCUGCGUGGUUCAACAAGGUCGUGGGGUCCAAUCAGGGCGUGCUGUUUGAGAACGACGUGAUUCAAAUUGGCGUCAAACAGGAGUUCCGCGGGUCGCAGGGUCGCAUGGGGCUGUUUUACGGCAACAAGGGCUCGGUGGCGGUGACCAACUUGAGCUUGAUGGUCAAGCAAGUGCCGAGUCUGCGCACGCAAGUGGAGCAAGUGGCUACGGAACUGCAGCCCAAGCAGCAACUCAAGCAGCAGAUCAUGGUCGAGUGCAUGCAGCCGUUCGUGCAGCCGGUCGAAGUCGUCGUAGCGUACACCGUAGCUGGACUCUCCACGUCCAUCGACCUCAAGCUGCCGUGCGUGGCCACGAGCUUCUUGGAACCAGUCAAGCUCAGUGUCGAAGACUUCCACAAGCGGUGGGGCGCGCUCGAAGGCCAGGGGCGAGAACAGCAAGACGUGUUUACGGCCAAGCUGGAUGUGCAAGCGAGUGCCAAGCUGUUGGUGGACGUGAUGAAGUUUGGCCUUGUGGAGGGAGAGGUAUCGGGCGGCGUGUCGUUGGCCGCGACGUUCCGCACGGGCACGGCGUCUCCGUCCGGCGAGAAGAUUUCGGUGGGCAUUUUGCUCAAGCUCGAGAGCCAGGGCAACUCGUUCCGCCUCACCGUGCGCGCGGUGCACCCGGACGUGAGCGUCGCCGUGAAGAACAACGUCAAGCUCGCGCUGGCGUAGGAGCAGCUGGCUUCCUUCUUCCGUUGAAUCAAACUUCACUUUUCUUUGAAUAUGCACUUAUACGCUA